AUGGUAAUACGUCUAGACUCCCCUCAGCCCGUGUAUUCUCUUCCAUCUUUUGAUAUCCCGGAUGAGGAGGAGGAUGUUCCCACUCCUGGAGUUCCGCCGAGCCUCAUAGGCCCUUUGGAACUGCCCGAGAUCGUGCUAGGUGCAGCGGCACUCUCGACGAUUUACAACAAGGAAAGCCACUUGCUUGGUUUUGUGCCGGUUCGCACAGUACGCCUGGCCCUACGGUAUGGUAUUACGACGUUUGACACGUCUCCCUAUUAUGGCGAAUCGGAACUUGUGCUUGGCACUGCGCUAAAGGCCCUUGAGCUCGACUUCCCGCGCUCUUCAUACAAACUGAUGACAAAGGUGGGCCGCUACGGACGUACCAGAGCAGACUUCGACUAUUCCCCCGCCACCAUUCGCGCCAGCGUCGAGCGUAGUAUGUCCCGCCUGCAUACCACAUACCUGGACACCGUGUAUUUGCAUGAUGUCGAGUACGUUGCAACACAAGUCGGUCCACGCGAAGCCGGUAGCUCUAUGGUUGCCCUCGGCGAGGGCAAGGCGGAGUACGGGCUCGUCGAGGGAGAUGAAGGGAAAGUGUGGGGAGAAGGUGAUCAGCGGAUCUUGGGCGCGCUCGCUGAGUUGCAGAAGAUGAAGGACGAGGGGAUUGUCAAGUCUAUCGGGAUCACUGGAUAUCCCCUCCCGACCCUGCUGCGUCUCGCGCUCCUCGUGUUACACACUCCCCCCUACAAGCCGCUUGACGUGCUCCUGUCUUAUUGUCAUUCGACACUGCAAAAUGACGCGUUCACCGCGUUCGUCCCUCUCUUCCGUGAGCGUGCUCGCGUUUCGCAGUUGCUCACGGCAUCCCCUCUCUGCAUGGGGCUAUUGACGCCCACACCGCCUAAGUGGCAUCCUGCUCCUCCUGAACUCCUCAAGGCAGUGAAGCAGGCAAACGUCGUAUGUGGAGAAUGGGAAGGGGGAUUACCCAAUGUGGCGAUCGGAUAUGGAUACAGGACAGCAUCCCGCAUGAGCAUGCCCGUGGUCGUUGGUCUAAGCAACCCUCGUGAGGUCCACGAGAAUAUACAAGUGUGGCGCGCGAUCAAAGAGGGAAAGAAUGAUAAUGCACGAGUUGUACAGGAAAAAGAGGUCUCGAAGGUUUUUAGCGAUUUCGUCAACUGGUCAUGGGCUUCUCCCCCUUCAGAUCUGCUGUGA